UCACUUGCAUCCUUGGGAAAACCCUAGCUAACCGCCAUCGACCAACCCUAGGGACAUCUCUCCGCCACUGCCGCCAAGAUGCAGAACAAAGAGGGACAAAACAUGGAUCUCUACAUCCCCAGGAAAUGACUCAUCACCUCGAAGGAUCACGCCUUGACAAGCUGUCCAUUUUUUAUACCUUGGAUGGAAUUCGCAUUGGUUGCGGUGAGAUAAGGCAGAAAAGGAGACCCCAAAAUCGGAAUCGGAACUGGAAUCGAGUGGUCGACAAGGUUAGAGAAUGACGGCAAAGUCGAUGAUGACGGACGAUGGAGGCUUCAUCAUAGUCGGUGAGAGAAGAGAGUGGAGAGGAAAUUCCUUUUGAAAUUGAAAUUGAAAUGAAAUUGAAAUACACGGUUUUACUCUUAUGAAUUAUUUCCGUGAAAUACAUGUAUUUCACUUAAAUUUAAUUACCUUUUAUUAAUAUAAAAACAAAUAAUGAUAUUGAAUUUCA